AAUCGACGUGCACUCCUCCGGCGAAAAAGGGCGCGUGUAGAAGAUUGCAGUGCGGUCUCGGACCGGUUUAUUGCCGUUUGUGGUUCAGCGAUUUGUGGCCGUAAAGAGUGGAAGAUAAAGUGUGUGAAUAUCUGGCACGAUGACCGGCGGCAGAUUGUUAUCGCAGCAACCCGCGCGCGCGUGUUUGGUCGCGAGAAGAUGAAGAAUCGUUCCUCAUUUCGCGGAUCGUGCACGGAUUUUUUGAGAAAUUUAAACGGUGCACCACUCGGGACAAGAUGUGGCACGAAGCGAGAAAACAGGAGAAAAAGAUCCGCGGCAUGCUGGUCGAUUAUCGGAAGCGUGCCGAACGGAGACAACAUUUUUAUGAGCGAAUUAAAGCAGAACCGACGCAGUUCCUUCAAGUGCAUGGCCGCAAAUGCAAGGUCCACCUGGACGCGAGCGUCGCCGCAGCUGCCGAGAAUCCCGCAAUCAUGAUGCCAUGGCAAGGACAAAGGGACAACUUGAUCGAUCGUUUCGAUGUGCGAGCCCAUCUGGACUACAUAGCACCGGCACCGCGUCAGUCGGAAUCGGAAGCGGGUUCCGAACCACCGGUGGUCGAGGAUGCCGAUGAACGAUCGAUGAAUUAUGAACGGUUUCGGGUGCUAGCCCAGAACGAAUUUCUCGGUAUCGUGGAGGAAAAGUAUCUCCAUCAGCUGUACCUCGAGGAGCAGUUCGGUGUAAACGCACAGGUCGAAGCGGAAACAAAGGCUGCUGCCGCUGCAUCGAAGAAGAAAUCAUCGGCCGGUGCUGCGAUUGGGUAUACUUACGAAGAAACGGAAAUGGCAGGAGGUUCUGGAGGGGGUGGCGGUACAGGAAGCGGUUCCCUGGGAGUAGGCAGUUCUCUGUCAUCGUCCGGGAGCGUUCCGUUUUCUCAAUCGAUUUCGGCUAUCGAGAAGUCGGCCGAAGGCCCAUCACCAGCGAUAGCCGGAGGUGGCAGCAGCAGUGCCAGUACAGGGGCUCGCUUUGAUGAGUGCAUGAAAGAUGAAUCGGAUUCCGAUCUCGAUAUGGACGUGUCGAUCGAUAUCAACAAAAUCGGUACCACGCAGGCCCACGAGCUGAAUGCCUGCGGACGUCAGUAUGGGAUGCAAAGCAACGAUUUCUAUUCCUUUCUCACGAAGGAUGCCGAUGAGGCGGAUGCAUUGCGAAUGGCGCGGGAGGAGGAGCAAGAGAAGAUCAUGUUCAGCGGUCGAAAGAGCCGACGGGAACGGCGAGCCCAGCGGGAGCGCAAAUUCGCCGGAAGACCGCUUAGCCCUCCGAGCUACGCAGCGAAGGAGGAACUGGUGCCAAGGACUUUUGUCGAGACGAAUGAUAGUUCCCGGUCGCCCUCGCCCGUCAACUCGGGCAAGAUCACCUACAUCACGUCGUUCGGUGGUGAGGAUGAGCUGCAGGCGCAUGGGAAGAUAUCGUUCGGAUUUAGUCGCGAUAUGAGCACGCUCGGCGGUAUCGCUGCCGGUACAUCGAAGGCUGCCCGGUUACGGUCCGCUGCUGUCGCUUCGGGUACGGCCGGCAGUGGUGGAGGCGGUGGUGUGGUAACGUACGCCGAGAAGGUGAAGCAAAAUCUCGAAAAGCUGAAAGCUCAGGAACCGAAAGAGAUCGAUCGGAAACCACCGGUACAGUACCAGCGGCAGGCAUCGACGGGCCGGGGAAGACGCGGUGGUAGCCGAAGAAGUGCCAGCAGUAGUAGUGGAAGUAGUCGAAGGGGUGGCCGAAGAAGUCGAGCGAGAAGAAGAUCAUCCAGCAGUAGUAGCAGUAGUAGUGGUAGCAGCAGUAGCAGCAGAAGCCACAAACGGGGCCGUGCUAGUAAGAGUCCGGCGGUAGGAAGACGAACACGGCGGCUACCGGACAGGGGAGGGCGGAGUAGAUCACCGUCGAAAGGAAGACGUACCGGUGGUAGCCGUCAUGCAGCACAUUCACGAUCACAUCGAAGACGCUCAAAGUCUGACAGUCGUUCCCGUUCUCGAUCAAGAUCGCGGACACGUUGGAGUCCCCCGGUACGGAGACGAUCUCCACGAUACGGUUCCCGCACUCGCAAAGCAACACCGAAACGUUCCUCUUCCUCAUCUACCUCAUCGUCGCGUUCGCGUUCUCGUACACCGCCAAGCCACAGCCACCGAACGCAAACGACCACUCGAGCUGGCCCCUCGAAACGCACAGUGUCCGGAUCGGACAGUUCCGAUAGUUCGUCGGCGGCUGCUGGCUUCGCGAGAAAGCUUCGCACACAAACCACAGUUCCUCAGGAGAAGAAAAAGACUCCGUUAGCGGCCGUAAUUACGCCCGCAAUUCUCAGCACACUACCUCUAUCUCUUCCUCCACCCCCUCCUCCACCACCACUACCACCAGCAGCGCUAUCCACGGCCAGUGAAGCGGCGCCGGUUGAAGAGAAAAAACCAAUCCUAGCUCCACUGGCGCUGAUCGAACCGGAGCCACUAGUUCCGAUCAAGCGCUACUACGGGCGUCGCCG